AUGCCCUUGCGAUGGACAUCAUGGCUUUUACAAGUGACCUUCUACUGCUGCCUUUUUCAACAUUCGAAAACCUACAAGACUAAGGAAGUCAUCCAGACGCAAGGCUUUAACAGGACCACCGUGUUUACCCAGUUCACCCUGGUGGGCUUCCCUAGCCUGGGGGCAUUCCAACCGCUGCCGUCUGUCCUCUUUCUUCUCCUGUACAUGACCAUCCUGCUGGCCGAUGCCACCACCAUGACUGUCAUCCGCUGCAGCAGGACUCUACACCCUCCCACGUAUGGGUUCCUGUUCAUCCUUUCCUUCUCCGAAUCCUGUGACACUCUUGGCAUCAUCCCUCAGCUGCUGGCCCACCUGCUCUCAGCCACCAAGGGCAUCUCCUCUGUGGCCUGUGCCACGCAGCUCUUCUUCCUUGGCUUUGCCUGCACCAAUUGCUUUCUCAUCGCUGUGAUGGGGUAUGAUCGUUAGGUGGCGAUUUGCCACCCUAUGAGCUAUACGCUCAUCAUGAACAAGAGGGUAGGGUUGGGGUUGGUUUCCCUGUCCGGAGUCACAGGCUUCUUCAUUGCUCUGCUGGCCACCAAACUCAUCUGUGACAUGACUUUCUAUGGUCCCAACAGAGUCAACCGCUAUUUCUGUGACAUGGCGCCCGUCAUUAAGUUGGCCUGUGCAGACACCCAUGUGAAAGAACCGGCUCCAUUCAGCCGAAGCAUUCUGGCGACCAUGGCGCCUUUCCUGCUGAUUCUGAUCUCCUGUGGCUUCAUCGUUAACACCAUCCUGAAGAUCCCCUGGGCUGAGGGGAAGAAGGCCUUUGCCACACGCGUCUCCCACCUCGCAGUAGUCUUUGUGCACUACGGCUGUGCCUCCAUCACCUACCUGAGGCCCAGAUCCAAGUCUGCCUCAGACAAGGAUCAGUUGGUGGCAGUGACCUACACUGUGGUCACUCCCCUGCUCAAUCCUCUGGUCUACAGUCUGAGGAAUCAGGAGUUGAAGUCUGCCCCAAAAAGAUUUUUGGGAAAGCCCUGGAGCCACCAAGGUGAUCUAACAAAAAACCCUAAAGUUAACGAGGGAAGUUACAGGAGAAAUCAAAGGCGGGACGCUUUCUCUGUCUUUUUACCAAUCCAGUCCUGACGUGGACAGUGUUUCCAAGGACCAGGACCACUAUUCCCUGUUUCUUUGCUCCCAUUCCAGAAAAAAAAAAA